AUGGUGCUGAAAUACGGAGCAGUGCUCACAACUGCGGCUGACGCAACCGUAGGUGAUAGCGAGAGCAGCGCCCUCCUUGCAGGGGAAGCUGCCCCUUCAGUAAGACAGAAGGAAGGUCAUGCGAGCAUGCUGAGUUCCGUGAGCAACCUCUCAAAUACAAUCAUUGGCAGUGGCAUGCUCACCUUCCCUUUGGCUAUGGCAUCUUCUGGUAUCAUACCAGGAAUCCUCACAUGUGUAUUCUCUGGUUGUAUUGCCGCCUUCGGUUUGUAUCUGCUGUCGUUAUCGGCUAGAUACGCCCCGCAUAGAAGCAGCUCCUUUUUUGCGGUUGCACAGCUUACAUUCCCGCAAGCUGCCAUAUUCUUCGAUGCUGCGAUAGCCAUCAAGUGUUUCGGAGUAUCUAUCAGCUAUCUCAUCAUUAUCAAGUCACUCAUACCCAAUGUUGUGGCAUCGUUAUACCAUGAUUUGACUUCGCCGAACACCAAUCCGCCCGCGUGGGCCCUAUCAGGUCGGAAUUGGAUCACAAUCAUUAUGUUCAUUCUCGUCCCUCUUGCUUUCUUUCGCCGUUUGGAUAGCCUUAGAUACGCGAGUUACGUCGUCCUAUUUUCCGUCGUGUACCUCUUGACCAUUGUCAUUACAUGUUACUUUAAUCCUUUAGAAGGUACAGCUCCAGCUGGCGAUGUCCAUCUCAUCCACUUCACACCAAACUUCAUCUCGACGUUCCCUGUACAAGUUUUUGCGUUCACGUGUGCCCAAAAUUUGUUUCCUAUCUUCAACGAACUGAAGACGAACUCGCGACAGCGCAUGAAUAUUGUUAUUGGGACUUCUAUUGGGUCUGCCAUCAUGGUGUAUGAGGCCAUCGCUCUCUUUGGCUAUUUGACCUUUGGUUCCAAAGUCGGUGCUAAUAUCAUCGCCAUGUAUCCCUCAACAUCGUUAUUCAUCGCUAUUGGGCAGUUGGCCAUCGUCGUGCUUAUCAUGUUCUCGUAUCCCCUGCAAGUACAGCCUUGCAGGAAUUGCUUGGACAAGAUUUUCCACGUAGGAGCCCCUAUCAAGGUUUCCGAUAGUAAUAAUGACGAUGAAAUUGUCGACGAGGAUCAUGCCGUUGCCGACAUGUCCCCUUUGAAACACACCCUGCUGACCGCUGCUAUUACCGGUUUCGGUUUCCUUGUUGCGUAUUUCGUUGAUAACCUUGAAAUGGUGCUCUCCUUUGUUGGCGCUAUUGGAUCUACUACUAUUUCGUUUAUUCUUCCCGGGCUCCUCUUCUGGAAGAUCUCUCGAGAUGAUCCUAGUGUGAGCAGAGCGCUCAACAGAGCUGCCCUCGCUUUAGCAGGGUAUGGGUGCUGUGUGUUUGUGUUCUGUUUGGGUUACAACAUCUACCGAAUUUUUAAUCCCUUAGGAAUUUCCUCCCAUUGA